UCAACUUUUGCCAUGAGCAGAUUAAGACACAAGUAAACUGUUGGGGAGAUCCUCCUAAACAGUGGCAUCUGUUUGGGCACAGUCAUUUUCCCACAGAAAGACAAUUUAUCAACAUUACUGUAGUCUUGAGAGCUUAUGUAACGAGUACUUACAUAAAAAGUAAAAAGAUGGUUAAAAUUUGGGCUGAAAAAAACCAAAACAUCUGUAUUUGUCAUAUAAUACAAAUUUAAAGAGAUUACAUUUUUCAGUUUGAACUCAAAUUUAUUGGUUUAAAAUCCUGUGUAGUCUUCAUAGUUGUUACAGUAAUUUUCUCUGAUUACAUUCAAGGGUUUGUAGUGCUAUGUGUACACUUAAGUAUACAGGGACGUUUUGACAGAAGUUAUUGUGCUCAUCUCAGCAGGGAGCCUGACAGAUCCCUCUUGGAUGCAGGUGGUCUGGCCCAAGCAAAGAGUUAAGUUCCGCGGCUCCAUUACCCUCCCCUUUGAUGUUCUGACAUCACUAUCCCCUCCCCCUGAAAGAUCUCCCUCACGCCAGGCCAGUUCUACCUGUUUACAGGAAACACAUGAGCUACAUCAGGACCAGGUGGAGAUAGAGAUAUGCUUUGAAGGGCAAACUUUUUGGUGUGUGGAUAACAAAGGUGCGUCAAGUGUCACUUCUGGGCCUGAUAGAGUUAUGGCUGUACAGACUGCAAUCAUGAACCCGCAGUUUUUGAAUUUCUGCUUUCCUGGUUCAGUGAUGGAGUAUGAUGUGGAGAAAAGUCUGGAUGAUGGCAGUAUUUUGGGUGAAGCAGAGACCGAGGAAGACUACAAAGAAACCACCAGGGAUCUGCUCAGCUUUAUAGACUCUGCCUCCAGUAACAUCAAACUGGCAUUGGACAAGCCAGUCAAGUCAAAGAGAAAAGUCAACCACAGGAAGUAUCUCCAAAAACAGAUCAAAAGGUGUACGGGGAUCAUUUCACCGAGCAACGCCGCAGAACCACCACCGCCGGUUAAAAGGCACGGGUCUCCCCCCAUGGCCCAAACCAGCAGUGCCUUGCACACUAAAAACCUGCCUAAACGCGAUGGGGUCCACGCCAACUUACAGAGCAAAAGCCUGGCAGCUCUGUUCAGCCCUGUGCAGGAUGUUAGAGGGGGCGACAAAGCCAAAAAACCACCCCUCCGGCACCGCAACCUGCCCCCAUCUUUCUUCACAGAGCCUGCCAACUGCUCCAGAGUCAGCCCCACAGCCGGGACAAUGCUAAAGGAGUUAGAAAGAGGAAACACAGAGCCAGUGGACUUCUUUGAGCUGUUAGGCCCGGAUUAUAGCAGCAUGGUGAGUGAGCAGGACCUUUAUCAAACUUUGCCAGUUCGGGGGCACCCAGAGAUGGGAGGAUUGGAGAAUGCGUCCUAUGAUUCUCAGCAUUUAGUUGGAGGUCUGCUGUACUCUACUGAGCCCAAACUCACAAACACACAGGCACCUGGAUUCUGUCACUCGGACGCCACCUCUGGGCCCACAGAGGAUGGUUCACUGUGCACUUUGGCCUUCCCUAAUUUCUUCACUGACUGCUCUAUACCUCAGGUCACUUAUGAUAUAAGUGGUGCAUUCAGCAGGCCCAAUUACUCUUCUCUAUGA